AUGAUUCAUCGAGGCGAGAAGCGAGAGGAACGAAGGAAAAAGGACGAUCGAGAUAUUCCUGUCGCAGCUGCAUCGGCGAACCGAGACACGAUCGCGAUCGGUACACGCGACACACGUAGAAACGCCUCGGUUCCUUCGUUGAGAUCUAAAAACGAGAACGUCGUGAAAAAAGUUGAAGAGCACGCGAAGAAGCGGCCGCAGCCUCAGCCUGGACAAUCCAAACUCUCUCGGCGUGUACCCAAACGAGCACGUGGUGCCUCAAACCUCUUCUGUCCCAGUGUUUGCCGUCUGCUACCUGGCCGGAUAUGCGGUGUGCUGCAUAGGCGAUUGUUUAUUACCGACGAUUCCGCGUUGAGAGUGCCUUCCGUUUUCUCCUACGGGGAUUCUUCUCACCACUUCAGUCAUCGUAGAAGCCCAUAUGUGUCAAAAGUGAAUACCGGCCAAUGGGCGCGAGUCAUUGUUGGUGAGUUUCCACGAUUUUUCUCUCUGUUUUUGUUGUUGGCGCGAUUAAAGACGAUGGUCGCCGACUCGAGCUGACACCGGCCUUCUCAAGUGACUGUUAUUGUUUAUAAAUAUCACGGUUUCCUCUCUCACGAGAUCCUAAACAAAUGAAAUUAGCUGCAUUUGUUCGAUCAACGAAUUAGCGUGUAGGUAUGCUUGUUGAAAUGUCAUUUAUCAAAUGUCGUUGUAAAUAUCGUAUCUAAUCGAGUAAUUAUACAAAAGGUAAUUCUAUCUAUUCGCAUCCCAUCUAUUUCGAUGAUCUUUGCAUAUGUGUCGAAGACACGAAGUUUAAGCACACACAUAUAACCAUCGUUCAGCCUUGGUUUCUGAGAUAUUCCCGAAAUCCAAACUCAAUUUAUUUGUUGGUAGUGUAUUGAUAAUUAAGUUUGAAUUAAUAGCACUUAAUAGUACCGAAAGAUGACUGA